GUGGGCUGGAGUUACUUGGCAUUCUGGGACACAAACAGUUGGUCGGAGUGAAAGAGCUUGAGCUACCGAGACAUCAGUAGCUGCAGAGAAGAAGAGUCAGAGGGACGACACGAACACUCUGGAGAAGGAGUUAAAAUACGACUACACAUCCGACUGUUGCCCAUUUUGUGUAGACGAAGAGGAGCUGGAUGUAGGCGCUUUAACUCUCCGAAAUGCAUCCGAGGACUUUAUCCAUUCAGCGAGCUAGUUAGCUAUCGACGGUAAACUCGUACACUGCCCUGUCCAGGUGGUGAGGAUAGAGUUUUUAGAAUAUGGGGACCAUUUCGAACAAGGACGAUAAAACUGGCACUUUGCAGCUGGUGGACUUGCACAUUGCCCAUCUAUUGUACCCAAGAUAAACUUCAAAUCAUAGGACCUGUGUAAUGGCCACGGAGAGUGACAGAUUUCAUCUCAACACCUAGUCCCACACAAACUCUGUCAGAUCAACACCACAAACCAUGGACUUGUGUUGGAUUUAAAGACUAUCUGGACCUAAGACGUCACAUCUGUCUCCAAGACAGACACUCCCCCGUCCUUAUUUAAGGGCCACUAUGUCAGGGUCAGGGGCCACGACAGUACAGCUGUUCUCCAAGCUGGUCAAGCAUGCAGUGGGGAAGGCACAGAUUCAGCUGAAUCGCUGGCUGCAGAGGUCUGCUACAGAGGAAUGUGACAAGAUUGAUAUUCUGAUUUGCAGUGCUUUUGAUGAGAGAGGGGCUUGCCCAGUAAAGUCAGAUGGAGACCUCCAGGUCAGCGAAGCAGGAGGGCCUAGCUUCGGCAGUACAGAGUUCAGGCAUCCGUGCUGCAUCACCACCUUUUGCUUCAAAAGCGCUCUGCUGGCAUGCGUCCUGACUGCUAUUUGCUUCUCCUCCGUCGCCCUGGUGCGCCAAUACCUCAAGGAUCUUCUGCUGUGGGUAGAGAGUUUGGACAGCCUCGUCGGAGCCUUCCUCUUUAUAGUCGGCCUGAUUAUUGUGUCCUUCCCUUGUGGAUGGGGAUAUAUCGUUCUUAAUGUGGCAGCUGGCUACCUCUACGGCUUUGUGCUGGGUAUGGGACUGGUCAUGGUGGGAGUUUUAAUAGGGACGUUUGUAGCGCACGUGGUGUGCAAACGCUUAUUGACUAACUGGGUUUUGAACAAAAUUGGAAGCAGUGAACAGCUCAGUGCUGUCAUACGAGUGGUGGAAGGAGGGAGCGGACUCAAAAUCGUGGCCUUAGCAAGACUCACACCCAUACCAUUUGGGCUUCAGAAUGCAGUUUUCUCGAUCACAGACGUGUCCUUGCCAAACUACCUGGUGGCCUCCUCUGUGGGUCUGUUGCCCACUCAGCUCCUCAACUCCUACCUGGGCACCACACUUCGCACCAUGGAGGACGUCAUCGCCGAGCAGAGCAUCAGUGGUUACUUUGUGUUCAGCCUGCAGAUUUUCAUCAGCAUCGGCCUCAUGUUUUAUGUGGUACACCGGGCUCAGGUGGAGCUGAACGCCGCCAUCGCUGCGUGUCAGAUGGAGCUGAAGUCGUCGCACAUGAACGGGUCGUCCAGCAACCACAGCAACUUCAGCUACUGCAGCAAGAGGACGACGGCUGGCAGCGGUAACUGUAUUAAUGUGGUGUGACCUCCAAUCGCUGCCUGCAGUGGUUGCUCCUAUUACUGAGCUGCUUACAGCGGUGAGACGGGGUUUGACCAGUGGGAACCUGCUGGAUCUGGAAGCAUCGAGCAUCGGUGGUGGGUUUCUCCCCAUCGCUCUGGCAGAAAAACCAUGGUCUGUCUCUUUAGUGGGUACUGUUUUUAUUUAGUGCGGGACCAUGCAUCUUUACGGUAAGGUGUGGAUGAAUAUAGUUUUGAGUUAGAAAAGUGAGGCAUUUUUAUUAUUAAUUCCAUCAAGGUACUUAAUAGUAACACUGUUACGAGAGAUGUCAAUGAAAUAAUGUUUAUGGAUUAAAGCAGCAGCAGUAGUGAGUGAGAGACAGAUUGACAGAGUGCAUGAGUGAAAAAUGGCCAAUAGCUGCCUGCUAACAUUAUGAAUGUGCAAUGGGAAGCUCUCUAGUCAACCAAGGAAUCAUUUUGUGUCAACAAAAACGCCAACCUAUGCACUUUUGUCUCAUCUCCACAUCUGUUUUUUUUUUUUGUCGACAUUGAGCUCUAAUUAACGACAAGGAAAAACAAAGGCGUCAGUGUUAUUUUCGUCUUUUCACACGGUUAAUUCCUAACGUCUCUUUAUUUUUGAGCUGUUUAGAAAUGCUGAGGCCCCAAAAACCAGAGCUGAGCAGAUCACACAGCCAGGAACUCGCUGUCAGUAAAAACAGCGUGAAGUAUCUAAAGAAUCACCGGCUGGAAUUCAAAUUGAUUUCUAACUGUCCUGUUUAUAUUUGUCAUUUGUUUAGGUUUACAUCUUCUUUUUGUUUCGGUUUAAAUGUGUUACAGGUAUGGGUUAAAGUUCCGGCAGUAGUGUGCAAUAUAUGGGUGAUAGGGCAAGA